UUUGGGUGGAGAUAGGAACACGAAGAAUGAAAUGAAUAUUUGUCGGAAAGUAUUGCAUUUGGUAUUUAUUUGCAGAUGUCUCACAGCUACGCAGCACUUCCCAAAGGCCGCCACGUACCCUCCAACACUCACUGUCCCUUCAACACGAAUCAAACAAAUUUAUUGCCCCCAACAAACUCAUGUCAACUUUCAAAAGUAAAAUCGAAACUAAACCUUAAUUACCACCAUAAUUUUACAAACACAUCGUGUCUUAACUUCACUUCUCCUUUGCCUUCUUAUCUCAAAUCAUUGUUAGAGAUUUUUGGACCCUUUGGAUUCGCUUUCUGCAUCUCAUUCCCCAUUUAAACCUAAGAUUUUGUCAUCACUUCACAUUACAAAUCAUCAUCAUCAUCACUUCCACCGCCAUCCACCCCCUUCCAAACUCUUAGCUUUAGAUUCCUUUCCCUUUUUUUUCCCUUUCUAAUGACACAAUUCAACUCUUCAAACAACACUUUAAUCAUGUCAAAACUCUAAUAACCCCUGUUUCUCUGUCUUUUCCCUUUUAUAUCAAUCACUCCCACUUUUCACAAACUCACAUACAUGGACCUCACCAACGACGCCAACGACACAAAUUCUCAAACUCAAACCCCCCAACAGCUCACCACCACCACCACCACCAACGGAUCCCUCAAGCGCCACCGCCCCACCACCGUUCCUCCUCCCUCACAACCACCGCCCGCGGUGGUUUCCUACAAGGAGUGUCUCAAAAACCACGCUGCCAGUAUAGGUGGCCACGCGCUUGAUGGAUGCGGUGAGUUCAUGCCCUCCUCUUCCUCCAAUCCCACAGAACCCCGCUCGCUAACGUGCGCCGCCUGUGGAUGCCACCGUAACUUCCACCGCCGUGACACACAUCAGUAUCAAAAUAAUCAUUCCAACCCCAGGCCCAAUUUCAUAAGCUUCUACCACUCACCGCCGCCACCCCAUCAUGGCCCCGGCCUGUGUACUAGCUCAAGCCCAGGCCCGAGUCCAAGCCCAAGUCCGUUGUCAAGCCCAAGCCCGCCGCCUCUCUCCCACCGUUUCCCAGGUUCGAGACCGGUCCAGGGGCUCUUCGGCCAGGGAAACGAGCAUCACCUUACGAGUUUCAAUCUUUCCGAGAGCCCCAGUGGAAAGAAGAGGUUCAGGACCAAGUUCAGCCAAGAGCAGAAGGAGAAGAUGCAGAAUUUCUCUGAGAAUUUGGGGUGGAGAAUGCAGAAAGGGGAUGAAGGGUUGGUGCAAGAUUUCUGCAAUGAGAUUGGCGUUUCAAGAGGGGUCUUCAGGGUGUGGAUGCACAACAAUAAGAACAGUAGCAGGAAGAGAUCGUUGGAGCCUGAUGAAAAGAUCAAUGUCAAUGCUUCUGAUACUCUUAAUAACAAUCCAUACAGCACCACCGAUGACACUCACUGAGAUUAAUUAAGGUAGUUUUUUUUCUUUUUUUUUUUUUGUCUACUUUCCAUAUUUCUGAUCAUGGGUCAGAGUUAAUCGUCUUAAUUUUGAUCCCUCGAGAAACUUAGAAUCGAGUAGAAAAUUCAAAAUGUGAUAGCUUUUUGUUUAUUCAUGUUUGAAUAAUUAUUUUUUGGAGUUAUUAUUUGAGCUGAGGGUGAAGAGAGAUCUAGUUUUUUUUUUUAGAAGCUACUGAAAUGUCACAUGAAAGGGUUGUUUUUGUUGAUAAGAAUCAUAGGCGCUGAAGUUAAUGUGGUUCCAUAAAUGUCUCACCCUCUUACUGCUGUCACGUUCAUCUCUUGACAAGGACAGGUUCUAUUUAACUAGUUUUGUUUGUUGUAUUUAAAACUAUUAAUUUACUUCUGGUAAGAACAGUGCAUCUUCUC